AUGAGAAGAGAGAAGAGGAGGGGAGAGCAGAGAAGGGGCGGGGAGGAUAGGAGGGUAGAGGAGCGAGAGGAGGGGAGGAGAGGGGAAGGGAGCGGAGAAGAGGAAGGGAGGGGAGGGAAGGAGAGGAAGGGAGAGGAGGGAGGGGAGGGGAGGGGAGGAGAGGAGGGGAGAGGGGGAGAGGAGAAAACAGGGGAAGACGGUAGGGGAGUGGAUGAGAGGAGAGGAGGGGAGAGGCGAGGAGAGGAGAGGAGAGGAGGGGAGGGGCGAGGAGAGGACAGGAGAGGAGAGGAGAUGAGAGGAGAGGAGAUGAUGGGAGGGGAGGGGAGAGGAGGGGAGGAGAGGAGCGGAGGGGAGCGGAGGGGAGAGGAAGGGGGGGAUGAGAGGAGGGGAGAGAAGAGAAGGGAAAAGAAGGGGAGAAGGGGAUGGGAGCUAUAUUGUAUGGAAGACUGGGGUCGAGGAUGUUUGUGUUCGUACAAUACUGUAUGGGGAAUUUGCCGUGUGUGA